ACAAAACGACCGGAAGUAAAUAAAGCGUCAUAUCCGGACUAAUGCGGAAGUUGUGUGCGUUGUUCCGGCAAAUCAGAAGAUCCUUCAGCAUACUUGCCUUGCUUACAGUAAAGCUAUUGCAGCUAUGAGCAGAAGUUCAUGUAAACAAUAAUUGAUUUUCUCCCUGGCACAACAGUUUCAUGGCCGUCCCGGAGUACAUGCACCCGUGUUUUGCGCAGGACGUCCAACAAUCCGCGAUAAACCAACCAACUUGCGCUGAAAAUACAAAGGAAGGUGAAAGCGUUGCGACUGGCCGGAAUGGUGACAGCAUUGAUUCUCAAACCUAAGAUACCACAAAAACAGAGAGAGUAUCAGCUACGUAGACCUGUACUGCUGGGGUCAGAUAUAAACCUUCGUCUGUCAUGAUGAAUGCGGGCAGAGGUGGCACAGUUACCUGGCGGCCACAGCCAUGGAAAGAUGUUGAUAGAGAGGCUGGAGAACCUCUCUCAGAUAGUGACUCUGAAGAGGAGGAUUUUCCAGAUGAUUACUCCACUCCCUUAGGGGAGUAUGUAACUCAGGGAUUAAAGCAGCUAUUUGAUGCUCGGCAGUUAUGUGAUGUCACACUUUUGGUGGAGGGAAAGAAGUUCAUGUGUCACCGAGUUCUUUUAGCCGCAGUCAGUCCGUAUUUCCGUGCAAUGUUUACCAGCCCUCUCGUAGAGUCUCGUCUCACUGAGAUCCGUCUGGAAGAGGUGACGCCCUUUAUUAUGGAGACAGUCAUUCAGUUUGUUUAUACAGGGGAAGCAGGUCUUAGUCUCGACACAGCAGAGGAUUUGUUUGUAGCGGCCAAUCGUCUUCAAGUGAUGCCCUUGCAGGAUCUUUGUUCGAGAUUCCUUGUUAAACACCUUUCUGUCGAGAAUUGCCUGGGUAUGUACUCUCUGGCUCGUUCCCACCAUGACCAGCUUCUUCUUCGGGCUUCUUUGAGACUGGUGGGCCAACAUUUCCCCCGAGCGUCCCGACAGCGGGACUUCCUCCUGUUGGACCCGGGAACUCUCGGCAGCUUGUUGGAGUCGGAUCGAUUAGGCGUGGAGACCGAGACGGAGGUUUAUGCCGCAGCGAGACGUUGGGCGGAGUACAAACCUGAUGAUCGUUUUGUUCACAUGCCAAAUUUGUUACGCCAUUUACGCCCUGGACUUCUGACCCCGGAAGAAUGUCGGCGGAUGAACCAAGAACUCGGACCUCGGGCCAGUACGGAAGUGAUGAAAGGACCGCUGAGGCCAAGAGAAGGCAUGUUCGAGAAGAAAAUAGUUUGUGUGGAUCUAAGGCCAAGAGAGAGCGAGUCUUUACAGGAGCGGGACUUUACGGUGGAUUGCUUCGACCCGCCUACCGGGAAGUGGAAGAAGCUGGCAUCCCUAGGCUCGCUGCUUUGCCCUGGAUGCACUGCAGUUGAUGGUAGACUCUUUGUGGCGGGUGGCAUACUGAGGAGCGGGCAAGUGUCAGCUUCAUUACACGAGUACGAUGUGGUGCUGAACCGCUGGAUUGCACGGCCGUUGCUGGCUGAACCGCGUGCCAUGUUGGGGUUGCUCGGCUGCGAAGGUUACUUGUAUGCUUUGGGUGGCUGUAACCGAACGAAAUUUCUAGACACAUGCGAAAGAUUUGACCUUAACGCACUGACCUGGGAAACAGGACCUCGUUUGCCGUUGCCAUUGCGUUCGUUCGCUUGCGCCGCUCUCCGCUGUCGCCUUUACCUGCUUGGAGGUACCACGCUGGAUCACAGUAGGGCUGUGGUGCAUGCUGGCGUGCUUAUAUACCACACCGUUGCAAAGACCUGGUGCCGUGUUACCCUAGACUCUGGCGCCACCUGCCUGGCUGGAGGAGUAGCGGUACGUGGAGGUGUUUGUGCUGUUGGUGGUUACCUGCGUGAUGCCGCUAUGUUCAUGGAUGGCAACUUCACCAACACCGAACCAUUAGACGCUACAGGACGUGUGCUGUUCUUCCGAGAAGGAAGGGUAUCGGGACUAGAACGGGAGCUGAUAGUUGGAGCAGAUCGUGGAGGCGGUGGUACUCCUAGCCAGGUAGUUUUUCCGGGCCUCCCAAGACGCAUUGCUGCUGCAGGUGUGGCAAGGUGGAAGCACAGGAUAUACGUAUUGGGUGGUGAAAACGGAUCAAGGUUUUAUGACAGCAUAUACUGCUGGAAGCCUGGCUGGCGUAGCUGGGUCCAGAGACGGGAGAAAUUGCCGGUAGACACGGGCGGAGUUAGCCAGUUUGGAUGCACUACCCUAAAGUUCCCCAAAAAACACAUUUUUACACGGCUUCGGGCUGCUCAGCAGAAACGGAAUAAGGCCGAAAAAAGGCAGACCAGGUCAUGCAGACUCCUGCGGCUUCAGGAGGGCGAUUUUUGAAGUGACAAACUGGAAUUUUUCUUAUGCGCCUACUUUUCUGAAAUUUGAACUUUUUCUUGGUUCAUAGCUUGAUGUUUUUGUUAACAGAAAAUAUACAUAACGCUUGCAGCAUAAUAAAGAUCUUCUAAAAAGGUUAAAAAAGGGGAAAGGUCAAAAAGUUUUACCCAUUUCAUUUGCUUAAUGUUAUGCCUGUGAGGCUGAACGUUUACUUUGGUCACCAUAGGACAUUUUUGUUAGGUUUGCUUUGCAAUGUAGGUGUUCUGCCAAAAUACCGUAUUAACUACAGUUACUACUGUAAAAUCAUGCUUAAGUAAUAUGUGACCUGUCUGUAAAAUCCAGGCUAAAGUUGCAUAAUUUAAUAAUGAGAUGAGGAGCAUCAAAAUUCGAUUUUACUCAUUAAUUUCAAUCUCAGUCAAUAUAUUAAAGAUAUUUUUUCACCUGGAUUUAAUUUAUGUAGAAAACAGUAAAUCACUGUAACGACUUUAGUUGGGUUUUCACAGACUGGGUCACAUCUGAGAUCUCAUGAAAUGACUGGAUAAUCUAUAUUUAAAGUUAGUAUAUUUAAAGGUGCACUAUGCAGUAUUUUCGGUUAUUGUAUGUUAACACAAUAUCCAAACUUGGCCCCUCCUCCUGGACAGCUAGUAAUGAAACAUUUGGUUUGCAUGUAAACUUUUAGCACCAAAUUUACAGUUAUAAGCAUAAAUCUAUACCCCAACAAUAAACAUACUACUUGGUUUGUGAACGCUGUUGUACCCGGCGAUGCAUGGGUGUUAGACAGAAAGCUCACAGACCCUCAAGGGUUAGUUUUCAGUAAUAGUUAAAAGGCAAGUUCGGUAUUUUACACUUAAAGCCCUGUUUUCAGAUUGUUUAUGAUGAAAUAGAACAGUUUUGACUGAAAUUUGGACAUAUGAUGCUGGCCUGGUUUCUGUUUUAUCACCCCCCCCCCACCACCACCGCUACAAUGGCUGCAUAGGUGCACUGGAACAAUCCUUCCUAAAAUGCAUUAAACUUUCAUUUACAAAGACGUGAAACUCACCGAGUGGUCAGGGGUGUUCACUGAUAUGCUCACACAAAAAUCGCUGCAAAAGAUGCUUUCCAACAGCUGUUUUAGCAUUUGUUGUAAACUUGUGGACCUAUUUUUCCAAACGCCUCACACCCGUACAUUCUUCCGCUGAGAGCUUGAAUAAUAGACACUCCAGCCCAGUUGGUGGCGAUAAUCCGCCUUUGCCAAUUGCAAGAAUACAAACAAAGUUGCCUCGCUGUAAUUCAGUUUUUUUUGGGGGGGGGGGUCUAAAUGGGCCAUUUUCAUUGCUGCCCUGCACUCGCGCUAAACAUCCACUGACCAAAAGUUGCCUCCCAGAAACAUCUGAGUAGCCCAAAACAAUAAAAAACAGGCUGAGGACAGUGUACAGUACUGUACAUACAAACACCACCAAAUGCUUCUAGUGGAUAAAGUAAUGAUUGAUGGGGAUUAUUUUAAUAGUCCAUACUUUUUUGGGAAAAUCCUGCAUAGUCCAUCUUUAAACGCUGAAAGAUCUGAUCUGAAAUGCUUUCUAUUCCUGUUAACAAGAUGAAACUCACAUACAGAUACUGUAACUCAAUCCACCUGGAGGAUGAAUCUGUGUCAUACAACUUAAAAAACUAGCGGAAAAAGUACCCAUUAACAUUAGCAGUGAUACGCCGCUGAAUUCCUGCAAUAUGUUGUGUGCUUGCAUUUUGUAAUGUCCAUUAUUGGACAUUUCUAAAUCUGUGAUUAUGGGAUGUUAUUGAAAUGUAAUUCCUGCAAUAAAGUUUCUGACCAGAUGCAGGCGAAGAUGAAGUGGAAUAAUGUCUGUAUAUCUGUAGUGGUUUAAUGUCAUUACUGAGUAUAUCUCAUCUGACACGUAGGAUUAAAACCAGAUGACUUUUAUUGUUUAAUCUCUGUUUAAUGUGCUCUUAUUUCAUACAGUCGUACAGUAUAGUUACUUUCUCAAAGACAAAAGGACCUGUAAUUUCAUCCGAUGUCAGACAGUCUUUUUUAACAGUAUGAAAUUGUCAAAUACUAAAAGCUACUUGAAUGGAAAAUGACCUGUGUUCUGGUUUGAAGUUACAAUAAAUUGAACGCAAGGAUG